AUGUCUCAACAAAAUUUAAAGCAAGAAGCCGAAGCGAGACAGGAAACCCCGCCGCCACCGCCAGUAGUCCAAGAACCCGUUGCAACAACCAACCAAUUAUUGCAACAGUCAAAUCCAAUUGCGGCACCUGAACAGAUACAACAGGCGGAAAAAAUGCAAUUUCAGAUUGACCGUCAACAACAAUAUAAAAUUGACCAUCACCAGCAAUCUAAAAUUGAUGUACUGACCCGCAAAGUGCAUGAGCUAGAAUCUACGAAAGCGCGAUUAGAAAACGAUAUUGAAAAGUGGCGUAAAGCUUCACAAUCACGAGAUACCGAAUUUACACAGAUCAGACAGGAAAAGGCAAGCCUUGAGAAUGAAUUGUCAUCCAUGGAGUCGCGGUUUGGAGCAGCCGUGAACAUAAGAUGGUCAGAUAACGAUGCCAAUAGUGCCUAUUCGUUAAGAAAAGAUUUAGAGAAACUGGAUGGAAUUUUGUCUAAUUAUACCAAUCUCAAGAAAGGAGUGGAAAUUAAUCAUGACAAUUUCAAACCUCUACUUCAAAAAUACAAGUGUAGAAUAAAGGAAGGCGAUAUGAACGACAUUCUACUCCAAGCAGCUUUACAAAGAUUGAUAUUUGAAGAGGUGUUUACCCAAGCCAAUGAGUAUUUUCAAAAGGCGUCAACGCAAUCAAGCUCGCCCGAUAGCACUCUAGAAUGCGAGAUCAGAGAACUGACUCAUAUAUUAGUAAACCAGCUUCAAACUUUUGUUAACAGUCGACUAAGCAUGGAUAAAUUCUCUUUAAUUGCUCCAAUACGUAUCAGGCAAAUUUCCAACGCCGUCUUGGGCUCGAGAGGCUUCGCAUCCACGAAUCAUCCUCUAGUCACCGACAUUGUAUCCAACCUUGAUAAGACAUUAUCCCAGUAUCGAAAAUUUACUGACGUCAAGAAGAAAGCGACAGUCGACGCAAAGGCGAAUGAUUUAGUUUGCCGAAUACUGAAAACGUUUUUUUUCAAACUCCAGACACAGGAACCACCUCUGCAGGCGAAGUUUUAUGAUUCUGGAAGCGAGUUAGACUCGGAGCUUAUGGAGUGGUCUGGUGUGGAUGAGAUGGAUGACGUUGAUCAUGAAGUACAGAUCUGUUAUUUCCCUGCGGUUGGGUGUAGGGUGGACGAUACAGAAGGAAAAGGAGACAAGGGUGUUUAUUAUCCCGCUAAAGUAUUGGUGAGAGAGAAAGAGAGUAGCGAGCCGGCGGCGAAAGAAUAA